UUGCCAUUAACUCUAGAAGUGUUGGGUUCUGCUUUUUGUGAUAUAAGAGAAAAAGAAGAAUGGAAAAGUAAGUUAGAAGAUUUGAAAAGAAUUCCUCAUGAGGAGAUUCUCCAAAAACUAAAGAUAAGCUAUGAUAAUCUAAAAGACAAUGAGAAAUCUAUAUUUCUUGAUGCUGCAUGCUUUUUUGUUGGAUGGAGGAAAGAAACUGUAAUUUCGGUAUGGGAUGCUUGUGGUUUUAACCCUGUAUCAGCAAUAAAAAAACUCACUCAAAGGUCCCUCAUAAAGUUUACCAAUAAAGUAUCCUAUGACAAGUAUCCAAGCAUAGAUUACUAUGAUGGGCUAAGAAUGCAUGAUCAAAUUCAAGCCAUGGGAAGGGGCAUUGUUUACGGAGAAAACCUGAUGGAGCCUGGUGAGCGUAGUAGGUUAUGGUCUUGUAACAAAAUCUUGGAAAUAUUAAAAGAACGCAAGGGAACUCAAAAGAUUGAAGGCAUCCUCCUACGCUCUAAAUAUAAGUUGUUUCCUUGGGAUAAAUGCCUAAAUAAGAAAAAAAUUGCAGCAUGCCUACAUAAGGAAGACUUUGCGAUGAUGUCCAAGCUAAGAUUCCUCGAUAUUCAAGUAGCAUGUUUUGUAGCAGACUUCCCCCAUCUUCCUUCUAGUUUAAGAUGGCUCAGUUGGAAGAGAUGUUGUCUAGAAACUGUACAGGACAACUUUUAUCACAAGAAACUGGUCUAUAUGGAUCUAUCAGGGAGCCAAAUUAGACAAGCUUGGACAAAAAAGCCCCAAAGUGAAAAUCAGCGGUUCCAAAAGUUAAAAGUUCUCCGUCUCCAGCAUUGUCAGCAUCUAUUUGAAUCCCCUGAUUUUUCAUGGUUUCCUUACCUAGAGAGAUUGGAUCUUAGAGCGUGUAAACGCAUAGUUAAUUUAGACACAUCUAUUGGUGAUCUAAAAUCUCUUAUUGAGCUUAAUUUGCAUGGGACAAAAAUUAAAGAACUCCCAGACAGUAUUUGCAGGCUAAGUUCUCUCAAAUGUCUAAUUCUUGGCCAGUGCGUAUCAUUGGAAAAGUUGCCUCAGUCAAUUGGUGAUCUAAAAUCUCUUGUUGAGCUUCAUUUGCGUGAGACAAAAAUUAAAGAACUCCCAGACAGUACUUGCAGGCUAGGUUCUCUCAAAUGUCUAAUUCUUGGUCAGUGCUUAUCAUUGGAAAAGUUGCCUCAGUCAAUUGGUGAUCUAAAAUCUCUUGUUGAGCUUGAUUUGCAUAGGACAAAAAUUGAAGAACUUCCAGACAGUAUUUGCAGGCAGAGUUCGCUCAAAAAACUUGAUCUCAAUGGAUGCAAGUUACUAAAAAAGUUGCCAGAGCUUCCCUCGACUUUAACCUGCUGGAAUAUUGGAAAUUGCAGUUCAUUACAGAAACUUCCAGAUUUGUCAUGCCUAAAGAAUGUGCAGGAAUUAAGACUUCAAAAUUACAAAAAGUUAGAGGAGAUUCAAGGCCUUGGGGGAAUGAAAUCCUUGGAAGUGAUUUUGGUGUAUUUGUGUGACACUAUUGAGUCACUCCUAGAGCUUCCCUCAACUUUAACCUUCUUGGAGGUCAAAAGUUGCAUUUCAUUACAGAAACUUCCAGAUUUCUCAAGCCUAAAGAAUUUAAGGAAAUUAAGACUUGGUGAUUGCAAAAAGUUGGAGGUGAUUUGUGGACUUGUGAGAAUGGAAUCCUUGCAAGAGUUUUCCAUGUAUGGGUGCGACACCAUUGAGUCACUCCCAGAGUUUCCUUCAACUUUGACCUACUUGGAAGUUGGAAUUUGCAUUUCAUUAAAGAAACUUGCAGAUUUUUCAAGUCUAAAGAAUUUGAGAGAAAUAAAGCUAAGUAAUUGCAAAAAGUUGGAGGAGAUUCGAGGCCUUGGUGAAACAGAAUCUUUGGAAGAUUUUUUAAUGUAUGAGUGCGACAACAUUGAGUCAUUCCCAGAGCUUCCCUCAACUUUAGCCCGCUUGGAGGUUGGAAAAUGCUUUUCAUUACAGAAACUUCCAGAUUUGUCAAGCCUAAAGAAUUUGAAGGAAUUAAAAAUUUAUGAUUGCAAAAAGUUGGAGGAGAUUCGAGGCCUUGGGGGAACAAUAUUCUUGAAAAAGCUUUCCUUGUAUGAGUGUGACAUCAUUGAGUCACUCUCAGAGCUUCCCUUGGCUUUAUCUGACUUGAAUGUUGGAAAUUGCGUUUCAUUACAGAAACUUCCAGAUUUUUCUACCUUGAAGAAUUUGAGGGAAUUAAGACUUCGUAAUUGCAAAAAGUUGGAGGAGAUUCGAGGCCUUGGGGGAUCAGGAUCCUUGGAAGAGUUCUCCGUGCAUGAGUGCGACACCAUUGAGUCACUCCCUAAGCUUCCCUCGACUUUAGCCCGCUUGGAUGUUGUAAAUUGCAUUUCAUUACAGAAACUUCCAAGUUUGUCAAACCUCAAGAAUUUGAGGGAAACAUGUCUAUUUAAAUGCAAAAAGUUGGAGGAGAUUCGAGGCCUCGAGGAAACUAAAUCCUUGGAAUGGUUUGCCAUAUCUAUUUAUGAGACCAUAACAGAUGCUCCAGGGAAGAUACUUGGCAAGGGAACACUUUUAGUCAAUCCUUUUUCAAGCAGUAAUUCCUUGAAUGUUAAUGAUGGGAAAUACAACAAGCUAGUUCUAUGCCUUGUUUUUGCAUUGGAUCGAGGGAAUGUGCAAGAGGUGUUAAUUAAACUUACAGCUUCAAUCCGUCGAAAAGAUAGAAGAAGGACCUUGUGUGAUUUUGAAAUUACAAUUGAGAGCAUUGAAUUUACUAGUGAAAGAGAUAUGAUCUACAUUCACCAGUUCAAAGGGUUUGAAUUGUUUGGGUUUCCAUUGGAAGGAAUAGAUGCUAUUGAGGAAAUAAUAGUAAAGGGUGGUUACGAUUGUAAAGUGAAAUUCUGGAAGCUCAUAUUGUUGGAAAAUACAGAACCUGAGCAGGAAAUUCCCAACCAAGAAAGUAGUGCUGGGAUGGUUGCAGAUUUCUUUAGAUGGUCAUACCACGAUGACGAUGAUGAUGCUGGAGAAGAGAUGAAGAUAGUUUCCUACCCUUCUUCAUAUGAAGAUGGUGAUAAUAGAGACUCCCACCCUUCAACAAAUGAGGGAAUGCUGAGGGCUACUAAGAGAGCACGUCUUGACGUGGAUGAGGAGGCAGGUGGUCCAUCUGGAGCUUGAUUAGGAGCCACCAACUAAGGUGCCAAAACCCAUGAGGUAGUUGAGUACCAGUUAGAUCCUUGGUAUAACUAUCCUAAAAAGACUAAAAGAGGGGAUGAAAAUUCCUCGUACGAGGCUCUCGUCACUGCUGGGUCUGGGAAGGGUCAUAAUGUUGGAAAAUUUUGGAGUUUUCAUUUGCUUUCUAUUCCUAAUUGUACAGUUUGACUUGAAGGAUCUGAGCCAGUCCCUAAACAGGAGGAGGAGAGGAUGAGUAAGAGAAUGAGAGAGUGUUGGAGGCAGGUGCUUCUUCUGGAACUUGGUGUCCUCUAGCUUAAUGUUGAUGGUUGUUCCUUGAGAAACCCAAGAAAAGCUGGAGUAGGUGGUGUUCU